AUGGUGGCCCUCAUCUCUGUUUUCUUGGGGGCCCUUUCCUUCGGCUGUACGGUCGGCUCGCUCUGCACGGACUGCUGGCAGGUGAACAGCAAAGGCUCCGUGGUGCUCAGCAUGCGCUGCCGAGGACUGUGGGGCGAGUGCGUGUGGGAUAAAUUUGUCAAAAUCUGGACCUGCGAUGUCUACAGUUCUUACCUGAAUCCACACCCAGCGGCCAUCGUGAUCACCAGAGCCUCCCUCAUCAUGUCUGCCGUUGCUGGCGCCGUAGCCUUUCUCUGCCUCCUCUUCGGGUGCCGGUAUUUUGACUGCUUUUUGGGAGCCACAGCCAAGCGGCACUGCCUGUACCUCUCCAUGGCCUUCUACCUCUUGGCAGGUCUUUUGUCCUGCGUCGGAGUCAUCCGAUAUUGCAUGUACGUGUUCUCCCAGCACCAGUACGAGGUGUCUCUGAGAAUCCCUGGAUUUCCCAGCUUUGAAUACGGCUACUCCCUUUGGGUGGCCAUUGCGGGCAACCUGGCGGCCUUCCUUGCAGCUGUGACACUGUACUAUGAAACAGAGCUCCUGAAUAUCCCGGGCACGGGUCCACCCGAGGAAGCUGCGGGGGACAGCCCCAGAACGGUCUGCACCUACGUCUGA